AUGUCAGUCGAAAUCGACGUCUCCGGCAUCGACAGGAUAGAAUUGCUUCGCGGGCUCUGGGAAAAGUCCCCAGUUGCAGCGUGGUGCCGUGAAAACGGCGUUGUCCAAGAGUUUGACGUCAACGCUGCUGGGAGGGGGUUUAUCAAAGAUGGCGGUUAUUUUGACUACUUUUGUGGACGUGUCAUCAAGUGCAAUUUGAUGGGGGAUACUGUGAAUCCUUGGGGAUAUGAUCGAGACAACGGGGAAGGGGCCUUCCAGAAAGUUGUCUCUGAGAUACGCGAGCGCUGCAACAUUCCAUUGGUAAAGCCACCCUCUGACGAGGUUACUACCGAUGCAUAA